AUAUUUACAUUUAAGAACUCAAAACGAUUAUCAAAAUAUUUAAUCAAUUUAAUUGUUGGCAACUAUUUGAUUAAUUCGAUGAAUCGUUGCUGCUUUAAUGUGUGUGCCAUAUUCCCCUCGCUCUGUUUUGGCUUUUUUCAGAAAGUUCCGCUGCACCAGAAACUACAUCCACAUCAACCUAUUCUCCUCCUUCAUCCUGAGAGCCAGCGCUGUUUUCAUUAAAGACACUGUGCUGUUUGCUGAUGAGAACCUGGACCACUGCUUUGUGUCCACGGCAGCGUGCAAGUCAGCUGUGGCUUUUUUCCAGUUCAGCAUCCUGGCCAAUUACUUCUGGUUGCUGGUGGAGGGCAUGUAUCUGCAGACCCUGCUGGCCCUGACCUUCGUCUCUCAGAGGAAAUACUUCUGGUGGUACAUCCUGAUUGGAUGGGGGCUCCCAUCAACAGUUCUUAUACUUUGGGUGUUGACCAGAUUCUUCUAUGAUGACAGCGGCUGCUGGGACGACACAGACAACACUGGUAUAUGGUGGAUUAUUAAAGGACCAAUGACAGCCUCGCUGCUGGUCAACAUUGUCAUCUUCAUCAACGUGAUCCGGAUUUUGGUUCAAAAGCUUAAAUCUUCAGCCAUGGCCGGGAACAAUGACACUGGACAUUUUAUGAGGCUGGCUAAAUCCACCCUGUUCCUCAUCCCUCUGUUUGGGAUGCACUACACAGUAUUUGCCUUCCUGCCAGAGAACACUGGAGUGGCAGCCAGACUCUACAUCGAGCUGGGGCUGGGAUCCUUUCAGGGUUUUGUGGUGGCUCUACUUUACUGUUUCAUGAAUGGAGAGGUCCAAACAGAGCUGCGGAGAUGGUUGUGGAGGUGUCACAAUCAAAAUCCUCUCACCCCAGCCAAGCAAAGUAUCACUCAGAUCACAGUUCGAGCCAGCGGGGGGCGGCCACCUUCCAGUGGCAACAUCUCUUCAGUAUAAUUUUAUGAGACCAUCCAUGAGAGUGUGAGAAUGUCAUGCAAAAUACCAGAGGAAGUUUCAAAGCUCACCCUACUAAUGACAGUAAUUCAACAAUCCCUCUGAGAGAGGACCAUAAUGAACACUGGAGAGUGAUUGAAGAAGUGUUGUGUCAAGAUACUUUAUUAUCAGUGUCAGCAGCAACUACGGCCAUUACAGCACACAUUUCAGAGCUUAAUCACAUUGUGGUCUGUCUUCCAUAAUGGUUCAAACCAAAAAAAUACCAAAACCUUAAGGAACUCUGAUACUUGAUUUGUAAAAGGAUGUUAUGAUGACACUGUGGACCGCAGUAGAGACAGAGCUGGUCCUGAGUUUGAAGCAGGAUGAUUGGACCACCAAAAUGAACAAAUAUUGAGGGAUUAGAUAACUGUGGAAACAAUGAACUUGGCAAAAUUAUGCAAAAUUAGGCCUGACUAAUUGUGAGCAGUUACACUAUAUCAGUGCAAGGUGAAAGUAUGUGCAGGACAGAUCUGGAGAGAAAGUGCAAAUUGAUUUCUGCACAGCAAUUCACCUGCUGCCAGGGAGAAAAUUUUAAUCAUGAAGAUCCAGAGGGACCUGAGCGAAUGUACUUUGUGUGAAGUGGCCACAUAUUGGGUAUUUUGAGG